CCGUUGCAGGUGCUACAAUGGGCCGUUAAUAACCCGUUACGGCCGGCAUCUAAAGCCUUUCCCGGCGCCUGUGCUCGGACCGGCGGACAGCGUCGACGGCACGCGGGCCUGUUUUAUGACCGAGGGAGGAGCCGGCGGGACGAGAGAUGGGAAGCGAGAGCGAGAGAGUGAGGGAGGGAGUGGGAGAGAAUGGUGUUUCGGUUUUAGGGUUUUGAGCGUGGAUCGAUAGGCGAUGACGAGACCUGCGCCCUCGAAUGAGAAAUCUUCCGGAUUUCUUCGUAACCACGGUGACAUUUCUUACCCUUCUUCCCCUUUUCUUGAAUCCAAAUAUCCGUCUGAAUCGAUCGAUCAAUCCAUCGUUCCCAUUAGGGUUUGGUUGCUCACGGAAGCGUGAAUUCGUUGCAGGUUGGGAUGGGAUGCUGGGAAAGAUCGCCGCGUUCUAUGUAAUCAUGGUUCGCUGCACCAAGGUAGAAGAAAGCUUCAACGUUCAGGCAAUGCACGAUAUGCUUUACCACCAUCAUCACAUUGAGAAUCAAUACGACUAUUUGGAUUUUCCUGGUGUCAUUCCUCGCACUUUUAUGGGUAAAUUUUCUAUGCUUUUAGCAAUGCGGUAUUGCAUUUAUGGAGGUAUAAUGUAGCUUGAGGAUGUCUGAAAACAGUUCUUUAAUGGAGUUUUCUUUUAUUUUUCUUACCAUGUUUGGGGCUCAAACCUUUAUUUGUUUGUGCACUGCUUUCACAUGUUAACAUGAGUGGCAGUUCUUUAAUGUGGUUAUACUAUGAGUAAUGUCGUUAUAUUAUGAUGAUAUUACAAUGUUGAAUUUCAAAAUGAUUUUGAUAUGAA